GCUUCUUGCGGGGCGCCCUUCUAAUCUUCGCCCAGCGAGGCACCGGCGGCCAGAGCUCUCGGAGGAAGCUACGGAGUCGGUUCUCGCGGGGAGGUGUGGAAGAUCUGCUUGGCUUUGAGGAGGAGCUGCUGUACUGCCUCACUGCAUAAGGGAUGGGAUCAGAGAACAGUGCUUUAAAGAGCUAUACACUGAAAGAACCACCAUUUGUCUUACCCUCUGGACUUGCUGUUUAUCCCGCUGUACUUCAGGAUGGCAAAUUUGCUUCAGUUUUUGUGUAUAAGAGAGAAAAUGAAGACAAGGUUAAUAAAGCUGCCAAGCACUUGAAGACACUUCGUCAUCCUUGCUUGCUAAGAUUUUUAUCAUGUACUGUGGAAGCAGAUGGAAUUCAUCUCGUCACUGAGCGAGUGCAGCCUCUGGAAGUGGCUUUGGGAACAUUGUCUUCUGCAGAGGUCUGUGCUGGGAUCUAUGACAUAUUGCUGGCUCUUACCUUCCUUCAUGACAGAGGUCACCUAACACACAACAAUGUCUGCUUAUCAUCUGUGUUUGUGAGUGAAGAUGGGCACUGGAAGCUAGGAGGAAUGGAAACUGUUUGUAAAAUUCCUCAGGCCACACCAGAGUUUCUGAGGAGUAUUCAGUCAGUAAGAGACACAGCAUGUAUCCCUCCCGAAGAGAUGUCUCCAGAAUUCACAACUCUCCCAGAGUCUCAUGGACAUGCCCGGGAUGCCUAUUCAUUCGGAACAUUGGUGGAAAGUUUGCUCACAAUCUUAAAUGGACAGGUUUCAGCGGAUGUUCUGUCCAGCUUUCAACAGACCUUGCACUCAACUUUGCUGAAUCCCAUUCCCAAAUGUCGGCCAGCGCUCUGCACCUUACUGUCCCAUGACUUCUUCAGAAAUGAUUUUCUAGAAGUUGUGAAUUUCUUGAAAAGUUUAACAUUGAAGAGUGAAGAGGAAAAAACUGAAUUCUUCAAAUUUCUGCUGGACAGAGUUAGCUGCUUGUCAGAAGAAUUAAUAGCUUCGAGGUUGGUGCCUCUUCUGCUUAAUCAGUUGGUGUUUGCAGAGCCAGUAGCUGUUAAGAGUUUUCUUCCUCAUCUGCUUGGCCCCAAAAAAGAGAAUGCACCGGGAGAAACCCCUUGCUUGCUGUCACCAGCCCUGUUCCAGGCGCGGGUGAUCCCUGUGCUCCUUCAGUUGUUCGAGGUUCACGAGGAGCAUGUGCGGAUGGUGCUGCUGUCUCACAUCGAGGCCUACGUGGAGCACUUCACUCAGGAGCAGCUGAAGAAGGUCAUCUUGCCGCAGGUAUUACUGGGCCUGCGUGAUACCAGUGAUUCCAUUGUGGCCAUUACUCUUCAUAGCCUAGCGGUGCUGGUCUCUCUACUUGGACCAGAGGUGGUUGUGGGAGGAGAACGAACUAAGAUCUUCAAACGCACUGCCCCAAGUUUUACUAAAACUACUGACCUUUCCCCAGAAGAUUCUCCCAUGCACGUCGUCUGCAACCAGCACAGUCAGAUCUCGCCAGUCUUGGAGAACCCCUCCUCUAGCAUAUUUCCUAAGUGUUUCUUUUCUGGCAACAUGCCCAUCAACAGCAAGAAGCACAUACAGCGAGAUUACUACAAUACUCUUUUACAGACAGGUGAUAAGUUUUCUCAGCCUAUUAAAUUUCCCAUGAAUGGAAUCGCAGAUGUGAGAAAUACUUCAGAGGACAAUGAAAACUUCCCAUCAGGUUCUAAAAAGUGUGAGGAGUGGCCUGAUUGGAGUGAGCCUGAGGAGCCUGAGAACCAAACUGAGAACAUACAGAUUUGGCCUAGAGAGCCGUGUGAUGCUGCCAAGUCCCAGUGUACUAACUUGAAUGUGGAGGAGUCAUCUUAUGAUGACUGUGAAUCCAGCAGCUUAGAGACUAAAAGAAACCAAGGAGAUGGAGUCAUUGCUGUAAAACCUGUUACCUCAGGGGAGCAGAAGCCUAUUCCUGCUUUGCUGGCAACUGAAGAGUCGAAGCCUUUGAAGUCAAGUCUACCCCAAAAGACCAGUCUUGUACAAUGCAGGGAUGACCCAGGCCAAAUCAAGCCACCAAAAGUGACAUCACAAGGAAGGCCUCUUAAGUUUCCAUUAGAACUUGGCUUAGGAGAGGAGUUUACCAUUCAAGUAAAAAAGAAGCCAGUACAAGAUCCUGAGUUGGAUUGGUUCGCCGAUAUGAUCCCAGAAAUUAAGCCUUCAGCUGCUUUUCUUAUUUUACCUGAACUGAGGACAGAAAUGAUGGUCCCCAACAAGGAUGGUGUCUCACCAGUGAUGCAGUUUUCCUCAAAAUUUGCUGCAGCAGAAAUUACUGAGGGAGAGGCUGAAGGCUGGGGAGAAGAAGGGGAACUGAACUGGGAAGAUAAUAACUGGUGACAACAUAUGUGAGUUAAACUUUAGGAAAAGGAUUUCCUUUAAAAAAAAAAUCCAAUUAAUACCUCAAAAGCAGGCUCUGAGGACGAGAAAAGCCCAGAGCAGCCUGUAUGUCCCAGUCUGUGCCAACUGAAGUGUGAGACAGACCUUGAGUGCUGGCUAAAAGCCCUGGGUGGUAAAGAGGCUCGCAGUACUGGCUUGUCAGAGGAAGAGCCGUGUGCAUUUGACUGAGGCCAGUGUCUGUGAAGAGCAAGUACCCGAGGAAAAGUUGAAUUUACUGCUUUUUCCAGGACAAUUCUGGAGGAAGCAAAGAAAAUAUGAACAUUCAAGCUGGUUAGCUUAAUUUUGUGCCAUUUCUUUAACAGUCAGAAGAGUAAGCUCUAUUAUGAAAUACAACUUACUGAAAAAAUUGUAGCUAUAAAUUAUAUAAUUGAUUUUGAAUUGCUAAGGUCUCUUAGGCAGUUUAUUUAUUUGUUUACAGUUUCAUUAUCUGAGGAAUGGUCCUACGUGGACCUGGGCAGUUAUUGACUGUUCUACAAGUUUUAAGUUGAACCAAAGUUCUUCAUGAGAAUCUUCCCCACAAUCCUGUUCUCUAAAUGUCAAAUAAAGACUAUUU